UCCCUUGACAAAGAAAUUUUUGGUUAGGAAACAAGCAUGGUAAACACGCUGUCUGCAACCAGAUGCAUGCGAUUUGUCAUUUGUGUUUGAUCGAUCUAAUGAAAUUUAAUUUCAACGUGCGUGACUUUAUUCCAAAUUUAUGCGACGCGACGUUUAAUUUAUUCGCAUUUCAGAUCAUUUUGUUAUGAUCCGAUUUAAUGCGGCCAGAUGAGUUUUAUAGCCAACGGGUAUUUGGAACUCGUAAUGUUGUGAUGUGACGUAAGUUAAAUUUUCGGGACUCAAAUCGUCGCAAACAUUAUAAAAAUGUAUCCAGUUGAUCUGACAAAGACAAUUCCACCGGCGACUGCCGAUCAGAAAGUGUUCCUGAGCGACGCCGAUCUUGACAAGAUCGCUCUGUUUCUCGUUGGUAAUCAGCAACGCUUCAGAGAAAAUAUUAUAAUCCCCAGAAUGCUGGGACCUGUACAGAUAAAGACUAUCGAGGAAAAGAGAAUAGAUAGCGUGAUGGAAAGCUGUGCUUUUAAGAGCAUUAUGAGUUGUGUUCUAGGAUAUGGUUUGGGAGCAGCUAUUGGAUUAUUUUCUUCCAGCGUGAAUCCCAACGUAGCGAGCGUUGAGAGGCAACAGAGCGCACGAGAGAUAUUAAAGGAAAUGAAAAUCACGACUCUCAGCUAUGCGAAGAAUUUCGCGGUUGUCGGAUGCAUAUUCUCCGCUAUCGAGUGCACAAUAGAAUCGUAUAGAGGUAAAACUGACUGGAAAAAUGGCACGUAUGCAGGCGGUUUGACAGGCGGAUUAAUUGGCUUAAGAGCUGGUAUAAAAGCGGGCAUAGUCGGUGCCGCAGGCUUUGCAGCAUUCUCAACGGCGAUAGAUUAUUACAUGCAUAGAUCUUAGAUUGCAUAGCACAAAUUGUUAAAAGAUAUAUAUAUAUUUGUAUAAAAGAGAUAUAAAAAUUUAUCUAAUUACGUAUCUAUACAAUUCCUGUAUAAAAACAUGGAAAUGUUUGUAGUGUAAAUAUGCUUGUAAAACUAGUAUCGUGUGACUGAAUUAAAAGCGUAAAAUAUA